GGCGCCGGCGGGGGGAUGGAUCCGGAGCAGACGUUCCUGCGGGUGCACGCGCGGCUCUCGGGGAUGCUGUCGCAGCUGCUCACCCCGCGGAUCCGACUCGCGCUCGAGUACCUCUACCUCGCCGGCGCCGUCGCGCUCUUCUGCCUGCUCGUCGUCAUGCACACAAACUUCGUGCAGCAGCCGGGCUGCUCAAGUGAGUUCUCUGGGACUGAAUUUGGUGAAGCACAACUUGUCCAAAUCAAGAUAAUCAGUGGGGGACUAUGGGCCAGCAAAGGUGCGUCUUAUAUUAUGGAUCUCCAGAACCUUGGGCGUUCAGCUGAGAAAAUUCUAGAGGUUAAUGGUGAUAAGUUCAAUAUUUUGGCAUCUAAGUUUUGGUCAACUUGGGUUGGUCCUGGAGCUAGAAAGAGAGUACCUGUACCGGAGUUGAAGACAACUGGAGAGGGUUCUGCGCAUCAUCCUUUAUCUGCUAAAGAAUCAUUUAAAGCAGCGGUUACAUAUUUAUUCAGGAAGUGGUACUCCCGUGUUAUUUUAUUUUGGAGGAACAUAAAGCAGGUUUCAGAUAAUACUCUCCAACUAAUGGUCAGAUCGAACUGGAAUGACUUCCUCCACAUCAUUAAGGAUCUUCAGUUACCAAGCAUAGAUAAUCUUCUUUCCACAACAGUGCAGUGGUUUGAGAAAAGAAGCAAAACAUUCGAGCCUACCUACUUAUAUGGUGUGGAGAAGGGAUAUUUCUUGCUUUCUGAAGGAUCCAAAAUUCGUCAUGGUGUCCGAACUAUAAACAUCACAAUUUCUGCUCGAAAUCCUUGCUUUGGGAACAGGUGGCAGCAGCUUUUGAUAAACAGCAUUGUUGGCUAUGAUACUAUCCUUACAAACAGCUUAGUGAAUUCUCCUGGUCAUGGUUAUCUAUACAACUUUCAGACGAAGGAGCUUUAUGAUCUUAGUUAUGGGCAUGAGCCGCCAACAGGUCCUACAAGAUUUGGAGAUUACUUUGUGACAAAAUGUGGUGUUCUUCUGAUGUCACUCUUUGUAUUCUUCACAACCACCAUGUCUGUGUCAUUUACCCUGAGAGAAACACAAUCCCGCAUGCUUAGGUUCACAGUGCAGCUUCAACACCAUGCACGCCACCAGCUGCCCACAUUUCAACUGAUAUUUGUGCAUGUCAUUGAAUCGUUGGUUUUUGUUCCGAUUAUGAUUGGGAUCCUCUUUUUUCUGUUCGAGUUCUAUGAUGACCAGUUGCUCGCGUUCCUUGUUUUGACUCUUGUAUGGUUAUGUGAGCUGUUCACAAUGAUCAGCGUCCGCACAUCUAUAUCAAUGCAGUUCUUUCCUCGAUUUUUCUUGCUGUAUUUCCUGGUUUUCCACAUCUACUUCUUCUCAUAUACCUACGGCUUCUCGUAUCUGGCUUUCUCUGCGACGGCAGCAUUCAUGCAGCAUCUGAUCUUGUACUUCUGGAAUCGUUUUGAGGUGCCAGCCCUUCAGAGAUUCAUUAGAAGCCGAGCUCACAUGCACCAACAGGGUGUUCAAAUUACAUCCUCUACCAUCUAUACGUCGACAUUACAUAUUGCAAGGGUAAAUGUGAGGGACCCUGGCACUAUUAAUGAUGGCCCAGGUGCUGCUCGUGAAACAGAUACCCUACUGCCUCAGGAUGAGCCUACGAGGAACCAACAAGAGGGCCAACUCAACGAAAACGCCGAGGCAGCAGCCAGCAACCCUCUCCAAUAUCAAGAUCAAAAUCCUCAGCAAGCUGGCAAUGCCCCUGCAGGCUCGGCUUCCUUGAAUCCACUUGCUUCACUUUUGCUGUGGUUGCUGGGAGGCAGUGCUUCAGAUGGCAUAGUUUCUUUCUUCUCCAUGUUUAGAGAUGUCCGUGACCAUGGCCAGGAUUACAUCGACCCGCCUCGAAAUGAAAAUGAACAGGUGACGUAGAAACAUGAUGAUAAAAGUGAAGGUGGACUGACAGACGAAAUGCCAACCGCAGCGGGUGACUGGGCAACGGUCAUGUGUCCUUAAGCUGAUUGUUUGUACCCGACCGCAGUGCCCCCCUUCACAGGAUAAUGACGAAUAUACAUAGCAGCUUACAGAACCGGCGUCGGCUGGGAAUGCCAUGUUGUCUCUGAUAUGUUCAUCUCUUUUUGGUUGUUCGGUAAGGUUGCUGAAACUGUAUAUCUAUUCAUGGUAUAUGUACAUUCCUACCGUCUCAAUGGGGAUGCCCGUUCAAGUCUUGUACAAAAGUCUUCUUCCUAUAGGUGGGAGGGGCAUCAUGUAGUAGUACCGCAGAAUGCUGGUAAUGAAUGGUAGUAUGAUUUGUUGCA